UUCAGUAGUCCCAGUCUCCCAGCACAUUAACACACGGUCACACACUGCCACGAUUGUUUAGGUGAUCACCAAAGCAAGCAAUUGAAGAUGGUGCACGCCGCGACGGCCGAACGCUUCAGCAGCUUGUUUGCCUCAUUCGACCGCGACGCCGACGGCAGGAUCUCGGCGGUGGAGCUGCGGCUGUGCAUGAAGGCAGCGCUGGGUGAGGAAGUGUCGGCGGAGGACGCCGAGGCGCUCGUGGCGUCGGCCGACGCCGACGGUGACCGGCUGCUGGACGAGCAGGAGUUCCUCCGGCUGGUGGCGCCGCCGGAGACGGAGGAGGAGGAGCGGUGCAGGGGGCUGAGGGAGGCGUUCGCGAUGUACGAGGUGAAGGGCGAAGGGUGUAUCACGCCGUCGAGCCUGAUGCGGAUGCUCGCCAGGCUGGGGUCCGAGCAGGGCAUCGAGGAGUGCCGCGCCAUGAUCCACAGGUUCGAUCUGAAUGGAGAUGGAGUGGUUUGCUUCGACGAGUUUAAGGUUAUGAUGGAUGCGUAGCAGUUUGCCCAUCGGCCAGUCUACAGAAUAGUGAAAGAAUACUGAUCGUAUGUACCGUACGGGGUGUUUAAUAUGCCAGAGAUACAAGAUUAAUUCAGUUUUUGUGUGCACCUGCGAACAUAAUACAGGGCCAGCCCUAUGUUUCGGAAGGCCCUAGGUCGAAGUCGAUAACA